AUGGGCGCUUCUUCGGUUGCGAGUGACGACUCGAACAAUGAUGACGGUUUCAUCGUUGAUAUCGAUGCGAUCCAGGCGCACGGUAUCGGUGCUGUCGAUAUCUCGAAGCUGAAAUCAAAUGGCUACUAUACAAUCGCAUCAGUGCAUUCGGCUACUCGUCGCAAUCUACUGAAGAUCAAGGGCUUCAGUGAAAUCAAGGUCGACAAAGUCAAGGAUGCCAUUGCAAAGUGCCAGCCUUCUGGGGGAGGCUUCCAGACUGCUCAUGAGCUCGGACAUUUGCGAAAGCGUGUCAUCAAGAUUUCUACUGGCAGUAAGGCGCUCGAUGCCGUGCUCGGAGGUGGCUUCCAGACGAUGAGCAUCAGCGAGGUCUUUGGAGAGUUCCGCUGCGGAAAGACCCAGUUGUCACAUACCAUGUCUGUCAUCGCACAGCUACCGAAGGACAUGGGUGGUGCGGAAGGCAAGGUAGCCUACAUUGAUACUGAAGGAACAUUUCGACCGGAGAGGAUAGCCCAGAUCGCAGAGCGAUUCGGUGUAGACCCCGAGACUGCUCAAGACAACAUCACUUAUGCGCGUGCUGUGAACUCGGAGCAUCAGAUGGAACUUCUCAACAAAGUUGCAGAGUUCUUUGUCAGCAAUGAGUACCGCCUACUCAUCAUCGACAGUAUCAUGGCUCUUUUUCGUGUCGACUAUACGGGCCGUGGUGAGCUCAAUGAGCGGCAGCAAAAGCUCAAUCAGUUCCUCUCGAAGCUAACGCAUGUGGCUGAAGAGUUCAACGUCGCCGUGCUCCUGACAAACCAAGUUCAGAGCGAUCCUGGAGCGAGCGCUCUCUUCGCUAGUGCAGAUGGUCGCAAGCCCAUUGGUGGUCACAUCCUCGCGCACGCUUCUGCCACAAGGAUCUUGCUUCGCAAGGGUCGAGGUGAAGAGCGUGUUGCUAAGAUCCAAGACUCUCCUGGUAUGUCAGCAUGCAGCGUUCCCAUCGUACAGUAG